AUGGAGGCCAAACUGAAGAAGAAGAAAUAUCUGAACCACCUUCAGCACAACAUCUGCAGGAACCACCGGCUGUACCAACAGGACUUCUACGAGCAGUUCGAUAAGUUCCUUUUCAAUUACGGCGUGGUGUUGCUGAACCCUUUUAGGAAAAAUGAUCUAUUCUGUAGCCAGUUGUCCUUCCUCAGCUACACGGUUCGCUUCUUCUGCCCCGAGGGGGGAGCGACCAGACAUAGUGCAGAUAACGAAGUAGAGAUACACAGCUCAGACGGGGGAGCAGCGAGCCGUGGUGCAGAUGACGAAGUAGAGACAAACAGCUCAGACGGAGGUGCAGCGAACCGUGGUGCAGAGGACCUCCUCAGUGAUGAUGACACCGCCAACGAUUUGGAGGAUGAGCUUCACCGAAUGAACCUCGACGCGAAGAGGAAGGAAAUAUGGGACUCCAUGAAGACCAAAGCAGACGCAGAAGGAGAAGAUGCAGCCAAGAGGAGGCGAGAAGCGGAGAAAAAGAGACUCAGGGAAAAUCCCCUCUUCCCAUACGAGGAUCUAAAUGAAUACAUAAACCUUCUGAUGGUAACAGACAAGGAAAAAAUAAACUUCGCGGAGGAGCUCUUCUUUCUCAUUUCGCAGCUCCUAGUGAAGCAUAAGAAUAGUCUAUACAUCUCAGUUCUCCUAAGUACAUUAAAAACGUUGAGACAGAUAAAGCGCAAAGUCGAUGUGCUGAGCUACCUCCAGGUUUUGCUCCUCCUCUGUGAUGUGAAUCUGAGCAAGGUGAAGAUGUUCCUCUUUAAGAGCGUCGUCGAGACAAUCGUGCAGGUGCACCGGGCGCCCAGAAGGGUGGCCACCGCGAUGAGAAGCAGCUCAGGAGGUCCUCUUUCUUUACAGCGGAGCGAUGAACCUCUGACGGGUUCCAAACUAGCGGAGCAAAUCCUCCUCCUCCUGCACGAAGCGUACGUGGAAAACAACCAGAGAAAGCGCAUCCAGAAGAAGUACGCCUCCCCAGGUAGUGACCCCAACAGAAGGCACUACCUCAGCAACGUACCCAUCACCGAAAGCCUCAACAACUUCGCCUGCAGUGUCCUCAUCGAGCUGAUAAAGAAAAACAUCUACGUGACGAAAAAGAAUAUUAACUUCCUCUGCGAGGGAGUAUUCUACAAAAAUGAGAAAAUCGUCAAAUGUGUUUGCUUCGGCCUGUUGGGCAAAUUGGACAAUAAAGAAUUCGUAAUACGAGUGGCAAAGGAGAAAAUAAACAACAACAAGCAGAUCGAUAAGUUAAAAAACAUAAGCAACCAAACACACCAGAAGUUAAGCAAAGCAAGGAUAAAGAAGCUGCAUCAGAAGAAAGAAAAAAUUCUGAGCAACCUGUAUAAGAGCAGCAAGAAGGGGUCCACUUGGACGGAAGAAGAUGUUGCAGAUAGCAGAGAAGGAGGAGAACAAGACAAUAUUCUAUCCCAUAAUUCCAACUAUACCUUUAUCGAUUUGCUUUUCGAUCCACAUACCUUUGCUAACAACAUCUUUAACUUGAUAUGCACGAAGUAUAGGAGCAGCCACGGAACGGUUAAGUUACUGCUCCUAAAUAUCCUCUGCCGAUUACAUCACCGCAAUCAGAUCGUCGAAGAGAAUUUAUUUCUCUACUAUGAGAAUAUCCUAUCCAAUUUAAAAAGCAAAACGAUCUUGCCAAAGUAUCUCUCAACAUUUAUCCAGUGUAUCCAUGCAGCCACCCCCUCACUGCAUGUACAACGAAUCGUGCAUAUCCUAAUUAAGAGGUUCUUAUUUGAUAAUAUGUCUGAAGAAUUCAUUUACCUCAUCAUUAAUGCCAUCAUCGAAAUUGUAACCAAGUGUCCUGACUGCCUCGACGAAGAGGUCUUCGAAUCGAUUAUUGUCUUUAAGGAUUACAAAAAUAAAAACACUGCGAUGCUGAUGAGACGGUUUGUUAAUCUGUGUAAGGAGAUCAACCCAGAGGUGCUAGACAAGAAGUUCCUCGAUAAGAAAACGGCUCUCCUCAUGCAGCGUCGCAAGAUUGUUUCCUCCGCAGGGGGGGUCGCGCCAGACGCGGGAUCGCUCCUCCAGUAUUCCUAUCUGCUCCGCGCGGCGGGGGAGGCAUCGGAGCAGCAGCAGCAGGGGGAGGAAGAAGAGGAAGAAGAAGAGGAUGAAGAAGAGGAAGAAGAAGAGGAAGAAGAAGAGGAGGAAGCAGAAGAAGAGAUCGCGAAACAGACCGCGGAACGAAGCGAAGGUGACGAUGACACUACGGACGACGGAGAAAACACUACUCCAGGGGGCGGAACAGACGAGGAGGCCCCUGAAGAUAGGCUCACCGCUCACACCGCGCAGAGUGAUCGACCCCACAAGCAGACCAAGAAGGACAGGCGCAGAGACGCGAAGGUGAAGAAAGAGCAGUGUAUCCAACAAACCAAUGAGCAAAUAUUGAGCCAGAAAAUUUUGACGGAUGAAGAUUUCAGAAAACUCAAAAGAAUGAGAGACUACUUUCAGAACAACAACAAGGUCUGCAUGUCAGACCUGCAAGACAUUUGUAACGCCGACUACAGCGAGGAAGACUCCAGCAGCAGCGCCGACGAGGGACAAGAAAAAAUUAUUACCCAUGAGGAUUUAUUGCUCAAGAAGAAGAUAAAAAAGAAUGAACUAAUGAAGGUAAAAAUGAGAAAGAAAAGCCAAAGUGAUAAUCGAUUUAAAACCAACAAAGAGAAGGAAAAAAAAAAAUCCGUCAUGAUGUUGACGCAGAAGCUGAGGAGGAAGAAGAACAACAAUGCCGUUGUUCAGUACGGGAAGAUUAAGAAGAAACUCAAGGGGAAGCUAGCCGCUCGGGCCAAGAAGAGGGGAAUCCUUCAGAAGCGAAUUGCGAAGAAGUUGAGUAGGAGGCGCCGCUGA